AUGACAUUCAGGGAUGUGGCCGUUGAUUUCUCUGAAGAGGAGUGGGAAUGCCUGGAUCCUGCUCAGCAAAAUUUAUAUAGAGAUGUGAUGUUAGAGAACUACAGAAACCUGGUCUUCCUGGCCAUGACUUCUCAUCAUACCCUUGAAUCUCCACCAAAGCAGGAAAUAAAAUAUUUGUUUCAAAAAAUAAUGAAGGGAAGAUACCAUGACAGUGAUAAACCCUACAAGUUUAAAGAAUGUGGCAAAAUUCUUAAUCAGAGAUCACCUUCUGUUAAACAUGUGAGGAUUUAUGCUGGAAAGAAGUCUUGUGAAUCUAAAGAAAGUGGCAGAGCCAUUAACAAUUGCUCAACUUCUUCUAAACAUCUCAAGCAGCAUAGCAGUGACAAAAUAAAAAGCUCACUUGAUACUCAACACCUGAUAAUAUCUUCUGCAGGCAGAUCCUACAAAUAUGAAGAAUGUGCCAAGGUCUUAAAAAUUUUUUCAAUUCUUACUCAACACCAGAGUACUCAUACUGGAGAGAAGCCCUACAAAUGUGAAGAAUGUGACAAAGGUUUUAAUCGAAGACCAUUGUUUACUGACCACCAGAUAAUUCAUACUAGAGAGAAGCCCUACAAAUGUAAAGAAUGUGGCAAAAGUUUUAAUCAAAGAUCAUAUCUUAAAGAUCACCAGAAAAUUCAUACUGGAGAGAAGCCCCACAGAUGUACAGAAUGUGACAAAGCUUUUGUUCACAAAUCACUGCUUACUCGACACCAGAGAAUGCAUACUGGAGAGAAGCCCUACAAUUGUGAAGAAUGUGGCAAAGGUUUUGUUCAAAAAUCGCUGCUUACUCAACACCAUGGAAUUCAUACUGGAGAGAAACCCUACAAGUGUGGAGAAUGUGGCAGAGGUUUUUAUUACAAAUCAAACCUUACUCAACACCAAGGAAUUCAUACUGGAAAGAAGCCCUACAAAUGUGGAGAAUGUGGCAAAGGUUUUAAACAAAGAUCAUCUUUGAAAGAUCACCAGGGUAUUCAUACUGGAGAGAAGCACUACAAAUGUGAAGAAUGUGGCAGAAGUUUUUAUUACAGGUCAAACCUUACACAACAUCAAAGAAUUCAUACUAAAAAGAAGCCCUACAAAUGUGAAGAAUGUGGCAAAGUUUUUGAACACAGAUUAUAUUUUAAAGAGCACCAGAGAAUUCAUACUGGAGAGAAGCCUUACAAAUGUCAAGAAUGUGGAAAAGCUUUUAAACGAACAGAUAAUCUUUCUCUCCACCAGAGAAUUCAUACUGGAGAGAAGCCCUACAAGUGUGAAGAAUGUGGCAGAGCUUUUGUUCAUAAAUCACUGCUUACUCAACACCAGAGACUUCAUACUGGAGAGAAGCCUUACAAUUGUAAAGAAUGUGGCAAAGCUUUUCGUCAAAAAGAACAUCUUAUUUGCCACCAGAGAAUUCAUACUGGAGAGAAGCCGUACAAAUGUGAAGAAUGUGGCAAAGAUUUUAAUACAAAAUCAUUGCUUACUGAACACCAGAGAAUUCAUACUGGAGAGCGGCCCUACAAAUGUGAACAAUGUGGCAAAGCUUUUGUUAAAAAAUCACCACUUACUCGACACCAGAGGACCCAUACUGGAGAGAAGCCCUAUAGAUGUGAAGAAUGUGGCAAAGAUUUUAAGCAAAUAUCAGCUCUUAAAGGACACCAGAGAAUCCAUACAGGACAGAAGCCCUAUGCAUGUAAAGAAUGCGGCAAAGCUUUUUAUGACAGAUCAAACCUUGGUCAACACCAGAGAAUUCACACUGGAGAGAAGCCCUACACGUGUGCGCAGUGUGGCAGAGCUUUUGGGCACAAGUCACUGCUUACUCGACACCAGAGAAUUCACACAGGAGAGAAACCCUACAGUUGUCAAGAAUGUGGCAAAGCUUUUAGUCAAAAAGAAAAGCUUAUUUACCAUCAAAGACUUCAUACUGGAGAGAAGCCAUACACAUGUGAAGAAUGUGGACAGGCUUUUAUUCAAAAAUCACAGCUUACUCAACACCAGAGAAUUCAUAGUGAAAAGAAUUCCUACACUUGUGAAGAAUGCGGCAAAGGUUUUUAUCACAGAUCAAGCCUUACUCAACACCAAAGAAUUCAUACUGGAAAGAAGCCCUACAAAUGAAACAUUCUCCCAAUGCCUCAAAGGAUGGUUCAACCCUUAUUCUACACAGGAGGAAUCAACAGAGAGAAAUAGAUAUUUUUUAAAAAGUGGCAAAAUUUCCAACAGUUGUUCAUUCACACCAUAUUCAGCCCCUGAGAAUUCAUACUUUUGAGAGAGAAUACAAGUGGAAAGAUAUCACAAGGCUUUUAGCCAUUGUUCAAAUAUGCUAAAAACUGGAGGAUUCAUAAUGCAUUGAAACCCUAAAAAAUGAGGGAGCUUUCCAGAUGGCAGAAUAGAAGAGGUUCCUUUCCUGGCUCCUCCAUGGCAUGAAACCAAGAAAGGCAUCUUCUCUGAAAGGUGGAUGGAUAAAAAGAGGGUAAAUAACUGGGAAUUCAUACUGCAGUCAAACAAUGGGAACUAUGGAAGUUGGAUGCAGUAAAAUAAGGAAGAAAUCCCCAGUGCCAGCCAAGCAAAGUGGAGAGGUGGGGACAUUAAAAGAACCCAUGUUUUUUUGUAAACCUGUGACAUGUUUGGGUACAGAGAGAUCAGAGGCCGGUCACUGGGGACUAACGUGACAGGCAUGCUGAACCACAUCCUAGUGCCAACAAGGAGCCAUCUUUCAGCUGUGCUAUGGGGGCGGGCAGUUGGGGGAACUGAUCCCAGGUGGACCAACUUGGGCCUAGGAUUCAGGCUGGCAAACCCACAACACAUGACAAAGAGUGCCUAAGUGACCAGGAGAAAAUCAGAUGUGGAGAGGGGUUUACACAGGGUAAUAUAGGUCAUGGAACACCCCCCCUGCGCCCCUCACGCCCCAGCCCAGCUCCCUCCACAUUUGAGUCCAGCAGCUCACAGGACUGCUGGAAGAGACUCACCUGGCUGGGAAUUUGAAAGGGCAGGAGUAGGCAUACUUUGCUUUGGAGACUGAACCUUAGAGACCAGAAAGCACGGGAUCAGUGGGUGAUGGAGGGGAGAAAGGAUUGGCUCCUUAGCCACAUGAGAGGAACUCAGGGGAGGUACCUGGGCUGCAAUCAACCAUCAUGAACCAGCAAAUGCUGGGCCUGGAGGUGUGCUGAUUUAAAAUCUUCAGAUCAGUCGCCAUCUGAAAACGAACAUGGAGUCCACCUCAGCCUGCACCCCACCUCCAGAAUCUCUACCUUUGGGAUCUCUCUCACAUCCAGCCCAGCCCAUCCAGCACUGCUGAGAAGGGAAGCCCCAAGAAUUCUUUGAACUCCAAUGGAAAUAAUUCUUUAACUUUUCACUGAAAUCUUAUUUAUUUCUGUUUAUUGUGACCUGGGUGGUUCAUGGACACUUAUACAUAUGCAUCAUUUUCACUUUUUCUCAUUUCUGGGAUCUUUUGAAGGCAGUUAUUUUUUAUGGCUCAGCAUCUUGAGGGAUAGGAUUAGAAUAUUUUGUUUUCCUUUUGGUUUUUUAUUUUUAUUUUACAUGUGU